CCAACGCAAACGACACGUCCGCCAACCCUCACUCAAACGUACUUUUUGCCUCGCCUCGAUCCUCGAACCUCAUACGGUACACUGCAAAGCAGACAUCGUCACGCAACCAUGAAUCGGCCAGGACCUGGGCCGCAACAGUUACGGAACAUGCCCGGUAACAUGUUCCCUUCGCAGCAAACGCCGGCGGGCCGUGGAGGACCGUUGCAAACGGGCAGAUUACAAGGCGGCAAGCUAGGCCACCAGGGAUGGGGAUUCACCGGCCAGAUGGCGGGUGCGCCUGGUUUGACGGGAAUGCAGUCGCGCGCUGGCAACACGGCAGGCCUGUCGAGCUUUGCGCAAACGAUAGGUGGAGGCUCUCAGGCGCAUACCCCUCUAGAUCCCUCUGAAUUCCCUUCCCUCUCUGGAACUCCGCAGACGCAUCACCAAAACAACCAAGCUCAAGCGAUAUGGUCGAAUCCCAACAUCCGCACCGCCCAGCAUACCCCAGUGCAGCGACCGCAAGGCCAAGGCGCAACCCCUCAGCCACCCUCUGCGCAAGUGAACAGACCACCUCCUCAAGAACAUCAACAACAGCCGCAAGAUGAGCCUCCCUCUGCGCACUCACCAUUUGGAGCGGGCAUGGAUGAUUACCGCUUUGGCGGUCAAGCGGGCGUAGGACAGCUCUCGGGAGCACCUCAGCAACAGCAGCAGGUGAACAUUGAAGAAUUCCCGCCGCUGGGAGGUGCGGGCGGCGGUGACAUUGGCCAAGACAGGAGGACUGGAAUGAUUCAGAAUGCAGCGUACGGAGGAGGUGCAAAUGCUGGAGCAUACAUGCACCAGGGACGCAAUGGAAUGUCAAGCCCAGCAAACAGCACGCAGGGUUCCGUUGGCGCAGGCGGAGAUGCGAGAUCACCUCAUGCAACAUUGGGCGGUGGUGGUAUGCAGACUAUCAUGAGAGAUGCGGACAGAGUGACAGAGAGAAGAGCACGUGAAGCAAGCAAUGCCUCGUACGGCAGCCAGCCUGUCGAACCACCUUCUAAGCCUGAACAAGGUCUCGGCCACACUAGAUUGUCCCAGAUGAGUGAGAUUGAUCGCUUUGGCCUUCCAGGACUGUUGGCGAUGAUCCCACCAGAGAGCGCAGAUCACUCCAGUUUGGCCAUCGGACAAGACCUGACGGUCUUGGGUCUCGACUUAAAUCGCCCCGACAACUCACCUCUCUACCCAAGCUUCGGCUCUCCGUUUGCGGAACCUGGCUCACGGCCUGUUGUGCCGGAUUUCGCUUUGCCGGCUGCGUACACUGUCACCAAUGUCCCACCUCUGCACACGAAGAUGUCGAGCUUUUCCGAUGAGACUCUAUUUGCGAUAUUCUACCAGUACCCGAGGGACAUCUUGCAGGAGAUUGCAGCAGGCGAACUAUUCAAUCGCGACUGGCGCUGGCACAAGGAGCUUCGCCAGUGGAUGAUGAAGGACACGAGCUUCCCGGCUCCACAGCGCAUGAGCGAGAAGCAGGAGCGCGGCUGCUACAUCUUCUUCGACGUCAACAACUGGCGCAGGGAACGGAGAGAGCUCUUGCUCAACUACGACCACCUCGAUCAGCGUAUCGGCACCGCCCAGCCUAAUACUGCGUUAUGAGCUCCCGCAUCAUGACGACUCCCCGAGAUUCCGAAGGUUUGCUAUGGUGCUCUUGCUUGUUUGAAGUUUACUGCGACGGACGAGUUUUGCAAGGUCUGCAGAGCAAGGCAAAUGACCCUGCUUUUGACCUACCACCACCGUCCCAUUUGCAGGUCCAACGCGUCACUGGGAUGACGCAUUACUUAGCACUCUUGACGAUGAAUGAGAUAUUCACAGCUCGUGGAGAGCGGCAAGAUAUCGUGCGAAUUUCUGGCCUUGCUCAGUGCUCGUGAUGUGUGCGUUCUCAGCCGCUGA